GCGGUAAGACUUAUUGUUGGCGAUGAUAACCGCUGGGACGUGAAACGCGAUGAGGUCGAUCGGUGAUGUAAUGGUAGACUUUAAAUGGUGAGGAUACAGCCGAGGUUUCUCUCGUGUGAGCAAGAAGAGGCCAACGACAUACCAGAUCGCCAGACCUCAGACUCUAUCUGAAAACUUUUCUCGUUACUGUCAAAGAAAGGUGUCGAGACUACAACACGGGUCUCAUUUUCCCCACCAUCACUACUCCUCGCCCCCCUUCCUCCGCACACACACCCACCCACACACACUGGAGGACUUGGAAGUCGAGGCGGAUCUUUUUGAUUCACACCCCCAGUGGACUACUAAGUUACCGCAGUAACACCUCUGUGAUGCGGCUGGCAGACCGGCACUGGCUCUCCAAGUCGGUUGUUCCACUGCCGCUGCAGGCUUGGUGGUUAUCACCCACUGCAUCGAGAGCGAGCCUCCCGCGCUAUCUGUUUUCUCAGUCGGGUGGCGGGUGGGGUAUUUCUCUUCCUCCUCCCUGCUCCUCCCCCCCCCCCAACCCUUCCCGCAUCCCAUUGACAGAGAGCGAGACUGGAGCUCUCACGUUUACACUGACACUUAUGGGAACGAACGCCAAGGGGGCCCAACAUCCCUCUCAGUGAAAGUCGGAAGAGGGCGGAGCUUGCAUAAUGAGUAAUUACUCCCGGCUAAGCUGCGCGAUUGGCCGACGGGCGAGGUGAUUGAUGGGGAGCGAGGACCGCUUUCGGCGUGACGACGUUCAUUCAUAACUUUACGAGCGCCCGUGGACGAGUUCUGUGGAGUAAAUCGAGAGAAGGCUGGAAGAGAAAAGUAAGAAGCUGGGCUGGGGGGUUUAUGACAGAAGAAGAGAAAAGAGGAAGGGGGAAAAGAGGAGAAAAAAGAGUGAGCGUUGCAAAAGAAGGUCGAUGGAGGGAAGAGAUAAAACUGUGAUGGCGAGAUGAGCUGACGAAAGGGGAAAUUGGGAAUAGAGAACAGAGGCGAGGAGGAAGAAAGGGGGGUAACGAGCGGCGCACGAGGCUUGUGGUGCGCCUGCCUCUCUCUUGCACAACGGACGGCCUUUUUCUUCGCUUUCCUUUUGCCCGCGGUGUGGAGAGUUUUCGUCGAGAAUCAUCACCAUCAUCAUCACCCCACCACCCCUGUUCUCCACCACUACAUCCCCGGCGACUGGCAGACCUGCAGCGCACGCCACUCACCCACUGGGUCCCAAGCGAACGCUUCGUUUGAUCUGCGACUUUUUCCGGGCGUUUGUGCGCAGCAGACGAUAUAGUCGGAGGGGCGCGCGCUAGGCCCGUGCUAAGCUGCCAGUCUGCUCCUGCUUCAUCGGCAGCGCACCUGUGGGAUUUCCAGCAUGGGCUGAAGAAGGUCAGUGUGUCGAGCCUGACCACAGGUGCUUGAGAACGCCGGAGAGUUUGCGCGUGCGCGUGUGUGCGUGCGUGCGUGCGGCCAUGCACUGUCGUCAUCGCCGGAGGAAGAGCUUCGGCGACCUCUUGUGUUCUUGUUCUUGUCUUCGCUGGCAUCGUCAGCUUCGUCGGAGAAAGGGAAAGAGAAGGAUGGCCAAGAUUCUCGAGUAUAAAUACAGUGGCACACCCUGAUGGAGAGCUGAAGGACCUCGCUAAUUCCCAGAAAGACUCACAAGAGGAGGAAAGCUGGUGGGAUAAGAGAGAUUGUUGUUAGAUGUUUAUUUCUUUAAGCUGAACACGAACGAUUUCACAGACAGUGUAAACAGGGAUUUUGUGUGCGAGUUGGUCGCUGUGGCAAUGAGUAAUAAAUAACGGAGGGGAGGAGAGAGCCAAGGGUGCGUGGAGCAGGCGCUAUCAGCCGCGACCGUCUCUCUUCCCAUCGAUGACGCCGUGUCGCCUGCUGGCUUGCGAUUGGCCGGCGGAAGUUUGAGAGCCUGGGUUCGUGCCCGGCCUGAUUGGUUGAUGAGCGGGAUCCGAUCGCCACCAGGCGGCUUAUUGGGUGUGUCAAGUUCCACUGGGAUGCCUGCAGGCCGCGUGCUGUUCUCUUGUCUUCGGUCAGCGUGAUUGACGUCUGCAUAUAUAUCGGCGGCUGAUCAGAUUCCUUUCGUCACGCGCUCGUCGGGACGAGCUCGCCUGUUGACACGUUCUAGUUCUUGAACACCAGCUUCAACCUGGAUACCUGUCUUCUGUGGACUUCAUAUUUAAUUUUUAAAAAAACAAGUCAGCUGUCACUAUUUUUGUCACGACGAAUUAAGUGUGCAGUUGUACAAUUCUUCAGUUUGCGAUUCCCUCCAAAAAAUUAAAGGAUCAUUUUAUGGAGGAACUAUCGUCGUUUUGAAACGAUACAAUUUCAGGACAUGCAAAGGAAUCUUUCCUUGAGUACAGAUGGAGUGAAAGUUGCUUUUAUUUCCGAUUUGGGUGUUUGUGCAUAUCGCAAGGGGACUCUCGAAGUCCUCGAAGUUUCAAGGCGGGGUUGCGAGUGAACUUUGACCUACAUCUUGAUAAACUCGCCUUUUUCUCCAACAAAUGAGUGACGGCGAAAGAGCGCAGUAGGAAAGAAAAAAAUAAUAAUAAAGAAAAGCGCGGUGAUGAGCAGACUUGUGCACGGGGGAGUACUAUGCUCUCGCCCGUGAGGAGGGGAGAGUAUCUGGACGGUAGGAUGGUUCUGGAGGACCGUUCCCCUCCCGACUGCGCCGCGGAGCUGCAGGAUUCGUACGCAGGCCGGACGCCACACGAUACGGGUCACCAUCUGGCGGAGAACCACCAUCAACACCAACACCACCACCAUCACAACAACAACAACAACAGCGCACAUACGAACUUUUCUCCACACGCCUCUCAUCAUCACCAGUUCCUCAAUAGCCAGCACGUAGGUGGCGGUGGUACUGGAGGAGGUGGUGGAGGUGGCAGCCACCACCUUCCAUACUAUUUCAACCACUAUACCACUAUCAUCACCAUCAGCAACAGCAGCAGCAACGACCUGCGCAUGGCGGCGCCUAUCAUCACAACCCUCGACCGUUGUCGUCACAACAUCUGUCUCGGCAUGACAUGCAGACGUCACAAGGCGUGCCCCCGCUUACCCCCGGCACUACCCAGAAGAUGUCGCAGGUCCUGCAGGAGAGCUUCCGGUCCUUCGACAAGGAGCAGCAGCGACUGAACAUUUCCAAAGAUCCGGCUCAGUGGAGUCCCCUACAGGUGCGCCAGUGGUUGGCGUGGGCAUCGGCGGAACUUAGCCUGCAUGGCAUCGACACGGCCAUGUGGACCAUCAAGGGCAGCCAGCUGUGCAAGCUGGACAGGGAGGAGUUCACUGCCCGCUGCCCUCCUUUUGUUGGGGACAUCUUGUGGGAGCAUCUGGACAUGAUGAAGAAAGAGGUGGUACAGGCGCGAUCACUCUUGUGCUACAGCGAACCCAUGUGUGUUCCCGAGCUGGGCGACUAUCAACAGGGCUACCCAAGCCCCGAGCCCACCCUGCCCCCUACCCCCAACGGUCAGGGGUACAUCGAAGGCCCUUACCACAUUCCAGAACCCAUGCAGUCCAUGUCUGAUAGUGGAGUUGACGCCAUUGUCGGUGGCAACAGUGGUGGCGGAGCAAGCGGUGGCGGCGGCGGUGGUGGUGGAGGCAGUGGUGGGACCAGCAGCUGUGGGGCUGGAGGCUUCAGCGAGGAUAACUCCGAGUACCAGAGCUUAGAGCACAGUUGUUACUACGAGACUGGCCACCCAGAGUUCUACCCGCUACAUGAACCCAAGUAUCACCCACCUGUACAGCAAACCCCAAAGAAUAUGUGCCUUGGUCAGUAUGUUGGAGACUCCAGCAAUCAGGAUUCUUACUAUGAUACACCUCACUCCUACCAGACUGUGCCUAACAUAAAAUCUGAGUUGCCCUGGUCCCCACACGACUAUGGUACAGACUUGGGAGAGCCGUGGCCAGCUGGAGACAUCCCUGGAGCACUGGCUGUGCCAGGUGGAUUUCGUGCCAUGCAGUCAGCCUCUCCAGAUGGUAGCUCAGGGGAACAUGGUGGCAAGCCAAUGAUCCAGGCAGCAACAUUGGCAGGAUAUUCUGGGAGUGGCCCAAUUCAGUUGUGGCAGUUCUUGCUGGAGCAGCUUACUGACAAGUCUUGCCAGCAUUUCAUCAGCUGGACAGGUGAUGGCUGGGAGUUCAAGCUGUCUGACCCAGAUGAAGUGGCACGCAGAUGGGGCAUCCGCAAAAACAAGCCAAAGAUGAACUACGAAAAACUCUCCCGUGGGCUGCGGUACUAUUACGACAAGAACAUCAUCCACAAAACAGCAGGCAAGCGCUACGUCUAUCGCUUUGUGUGUGACCUCAACAGCCUUUUGGGUUUCACACCUGAAGAGCUCUUCAAAGCUUGCGAUGUGAAGCCACAGAAGGACAAGGAAGAGGACUGAAGUUCUUGUUAAGGAUCCUUCUUGAAUUCAGCUUUUGUUACAGCCCAUCAGAACCCAUUGUCUGGUGGUGUGGAAGGCCUUGACUACCCUCUCUACCAUUGAGCUGCCACCUAUCUUAAAUUUGGUCAGACAUAAUUCAUUGGUGAGAGGGGGAUAUGUCUGAUUGACACGCAGUUCGUUAUGUUGAAAAGGUGUUACUGAGAAAGGAGAAGACAAAGAUAAUGGCAGACUUUUGUUUUCCUUCUUCAAGGACAGAAAAGUCCAAAAAGGGACACAUUUUUCUACUGUGCAGGAUGGCAUGUGUUUUGCUUGCUUAUGAAACUGUGAAAAAUAUUUAGGUUUUACAUAUGGUUUGUUGCCACUGAUCUCUUAAACACAGACUUUGGAAGGCAUUGAAGGCAGCGUGAGGUACGAACAAGGAAGAUGAUUGACCUUUCUGUUAACCCCAGAAACAGUAUUUUUUUUCAGCAUGAUGUAUUCUGCUAAUGAAAAGAGAAGAGAAAGCGACUGCGUUGAUCUCCCUUCCUGUGCCUGAAUAUUUCUUCCUGCCUGCCUGCCUGCCUUCAUUUCAUCGUUUUCUAGUGCAGUUUGUGUUAGGAGUGAUACUUGCAAGAAGGCUAGUUAAGGCUUCUGGUGAUAAAAGACUUGAUGCUGGAGCUAUAAGCUCAUGGCGUAAAAAAAUGGAAUGCUGGAAGAUGCCAAAGUGUUGGCCAGGAGAUGUGUUUUGUGCUCUGUAAAUCUCUUAUGAGCAGUCUUACAUUUUGUGCAGCUUUGUGGCAAAAAUGAUGUUCCAGAAAGUAUUUGCAUAUGUGUGCGCAAAGGUGUAUGUGCUUGCACACAUACGUACGUGUGUGUGUGUUUAUGACUGCAUUUCAGAAGAAAAUUUUAUGAUUUUUAAAAUUUAUCAUGUGCUUUUUAUUCAUUUGAAUUUUGCAUAGCAGAUAGUUUUGAAACAUUUGGUGACUUUUUAUUGGAAAAAAAGAUUCUCAAAGAAUUAUCAGCAAGCUGUUCUUCGGUAAUAGAAGGAACUAUGUAAAUAACACUUGCUGUCAUGGUUACUCACAGCUUCUGUCAUUAAAGACAAAAAAGCUGCUUUUGUUGUCAAAAGGACAUUCAAAGUUUUUGAAACCUUGAUUGCUGUGUUCUAGAUCUGUUAAAAUUUGCUAGUUGAAGAACAUUGCUUAUUUUUUCUUUCUUUUUUUUUUUUAAACCACUUUGGAACUUGCAGUUUUGUUGAGUCAUACACACAAUGUAAGCAGAGCAGCUUAGAUCUGACAGCCCAAAACUAUAGUACCCAGUAACUGCAAAAAUUUAACAUUAUUACAUGAAUGACUCAAAAUAUUGAUUUAUUUUCUCCUCAACGUUUCAGUUUGUUUAGAUGCUGUGAAUUUAGGUGUAAUAGAAGCACUAUUUCUAGAUGAGAACAGGAUUUUCCUAAUAACUCUGUUUAGAUGCUAUGAAUAGCUAAUAUUUCAUGGAUGGCCUAACUCUGCAUCCCUUUUCCUUGCGCAUAAAUUGAAAUCAGCCAGUUGACCAGUUAAUCAGAGUCCAUAUUGCGUGAAAGACUAAUCUCAAAUGCAAACUUUAAAAAAAAGUGGGCUCAGUUUAUCACAAAAUACCUGCUCCUUUUGUACGGUGCAAAUCUUUGAGCAUUGCAGUUUUGUCCUAAUCACUAAUUAUCUGCUUAAUAUACCCUUACUUUUUUAACCCAUUCAGCUGAUGUAUAAUAAAUAUUUUAAAUAAUAUGUAAUAAAUAAUAUUUUUAUUUACCAGAUGGUGCAAGGAAAGGUGAUGCAGUUAGAUAACAUAAACUUAGAUCCUCAUAGACACUCUCAGCCAACAUAGACUGUCCAACUGUGUCAUAUGGGACUCAGCUUAUUCUAGUUACCUUUCCCUGUAGCUCAGAUUUUCAUCAUUUCUUUAGUUCUUUCACCAUUUGCAAUGUAAUACACCUUUGGUUUUCUUUAAAGUAAUAUUCCCUGAUAAUGACUUCUUUAGUCUGUGUUUUUUGCCACUUUCUUUUCCACAAAGGACACUGAUAUCUCCUAACUCCUUAUCCCACAAAACUGCAUUUUCCAAAGAAACAUGCCUUUGAUGUUGAUUAUCAAUGUGAUGAUGAGUAAAUGCUGCAGUCAAAGACAGUAGGAAUGGAAACAUUAACCUUUGUUAACUAUGUACAGAGAGUGUGCAAGACUGUUAUAUAAGAAAAUGGAAAAAUUAUAUUUUUACUGAAUGGAGAAAGACUCAUAUUUACAUGUAUAUGUUAAAAAUACAAAAAGAAAAACUAUAACAUGAAUGAGUCUAGCCUUUAUAUUCUUUCUAUACGUAUAUAAAUAUAUUUUGUAUGGUGAUUGUUUUGUGUGAUCUUCAGCAUUGUUACUGUACAUAUUAUGCUUUUAUAUACACCUUUGUAUAAGUUGGAAGGGAUGGGGUGAGAGAGUUUGUGUAUGUUCAAAUAGAUGAAUGUUGUCUUGUGGAAGAGAGUGAAAGAUUUUUACAGUCUAGUAGGUGGGUUGAAAGGCAUAAAAAGUGUACAGGUAUUUCAGUCUAUUAUGUGUUGUCUUGUGCUGCUUAAGGGUCAUAGAAAAAUAUAAUAAAUCAGAGUUUGCACACUUAAUUCCUCCUCUCUCUCACUCAUGCACAUACACAUGUUCACUUCAAUGACUCAGAAGAGUAUGUGAUUUCAAGAUAAAAGUACUAAUUAUGCAGGGUAACAGUUUCAAUUUGUGAUGUGAAGCUCAUGAGAAAACUAUAUUUUUUUUUUAGGCUGCUUUGAGUUGUUUUUUUGUUUGUUUUUUUUAAUGUUGCUUUUGUUUGAGAAAAAAGUAUGUUAUGUGUGUGUAGAUAUUUGCCAUAGGUUUUUGGUAGGGUUGGUGUAUGUGCAUAUUUGUGUAUGCCUGUGCGUGCUUGCACAAAAAAUGCAUAAACAUGUUCAUAGUUCAGAUCCAGUAAAGUAGGUGUAGGUUGUUUGUUUUGGCUUUUAGUUGUUUUUUCGUUGUUGUUAUUUGAACACUUUCAAAAUCAUGAUAUAUCAGCAAAAUGAAUCUGCCACUUGUUUGCUUUUGUUCUGUCCAUCCCUUCUCAACCUAAUUUUUUUUGUAAAGUCUUGUUGGACGUUUCUCAGUUUGUUGACAGUUUGACAUUUGCAGGGGAGUUCCUCGGUGUGUUGAUAUAUUCACUCUUGUAGUCAUCACUGCCAUGCUUCAUGCCAGCAUCUUGGUUCAUGUUUUUCUGACUCUGGUGCAAAGUUCUGACUAGUCAGUCCACCACAAGUGUUCUAUAAAAGGAUCUAUAUCUCAAAAUAUAUUUUACACCAUCCAUGCUUAGCUUUUCUUUUUUGGACAAAUAAACUAUUUGCUGUUACCACUCUCUACCACAGUCCUUACCUAUUCAGAUUCUUUUGUCAGUUUGCUUUGUCCACAUAUUUUGAAGGGUAUUAAUGGUUUUUACACUGUUUACACCUAGGUAGUGAAAGUGCAUAUUUUUUCAUGUACUUGAAAUUCUGGCACAGAUCUUUUCUUGUUGGUGCAUUUGUAACACUUUUGUGUUGGAUCCGCAGUUAUUUUUACUAGUUAUUAGAGAGAAACAUUGAGUUAAAGAAAUUUUGUUUCUGGGUUGUCUUUGCUAAGGAAGCAGAAUUAGCAUUUUGUAUAUGUUAAAAAUAAUUGACCUGAAGGUUAGCAUGUAUCAAGAAGCAGGGGGAUAUAUUGAAAUGUGUUAUCCUAGUUAUAUGUGCUAUACCAUGAAACCAAUUUUUUUUUAUUUCAUCAUCAUGCCUUGACUGGUACUAGCUAAUCACCAGAUAAGCUGUCUGCCAGAUGAGCAGGCUGCUGGUUCUGGUUGUUUGGGGGACCUCAGCAGCUGACAAGGCAUACCAUUUGGAAUGGUGUUGAGCAAGUCCCUCUCCUUCACAUGAUCUUUUUAUUUAGUAACUUUUAAAAAUUCCAUUUCUAUACAUUUCUUUUUGGAUGUUUAUUUUGCAUAAGAUGAAGCCUUUCUAAAAAUGUAUCAUUUUUUUAUAUCAAUUUUAAUGUCAGCAAUAUUAUCAUCACCAUAAGCAACUUAUGAUUUAGAUUUUUAAUUACAGAAUUUAUGCUGCCCACAUUCUGUCUCUUUGUUUUUUCAUCCUUUAUAAAAGAGUAUUAAUAUUUUAUACAUGGUUGUACAAGACAAUAAAUAUCUUUUGAAAGAUUUACCACUUUUAGAUGCAUUUGAUGUAAAAACUACUUUAUCAGUGACCUUGCAUAGGUGUGAAAUAAACCCUGAAAGUUUCAAAAGAAACGUAAAGGCAUUUAGUUGAAAAGGAACAUUCAGUUCAUGUCACAUGCUCUUUAGACAGAGCUAGGCACAAUUGUCAUGAAUAUCAUCUGUCCAUGAGUUUCUUCAUUUUCUUCCCAUUCCUUUCAACCUCAUCAUAGUGUCAUUUUACUGGAAUAUAUAUACAAGCACAAUAUGUAUGUGUGCUUGUGUCUACAUAUAUAUAUAUAUAGUACACACUGUAAAUGCAUCAACAAUUGCAUAUGCACACACAAACACUUUUUUUAAGUUGUGUGUUUUGAAAUACAUGAUGUCUUUAAAAGAAACACUUGAGGUUUCUUCCCCACAAAAUACCACGCUAACCAGUGAGGAAUAUGUAUUGGUAUGACAUUUACAUUUGUACACCGGAGUGGUACAAACAGACAUUGGCAGCUCUCGCUAAAUCUGUCUUGUGCAUCAGAUACGCCAUUUUUUUGCUAUGCUACGAUUUUGACCUGAAUUGUGUCUGUCCGCACUCAGUAAUCUGAUGGUUGUUCAGCCCCACCUCCUCAUCUCAGUUUUAAAAGCCUGUUAUAAUUCCCUUUCUGCCAUGAGCCACUAAACUAUACUACUAGUUCCAACUUGGCAGCUGAUCCACAUAUGGUUUUAGUCUUCAGCUCAGCUUGCUGGUUAGAUUUUGUUCCUCUAGGGGCCAGCUUGGAGGAUUAUGUUGAAGACUCUUUGUCUGCCUGUGUGCCUGUACACAGUUUUAAAUAUGUUGUAUUGUUUUCUGGUCGCCAUGGUGACAAUUUUUGCAAAUUGAUAAAGUUUUCUUCCCAGACUCCAUCUUUUGUAAGGAGUCUUGUUUUUUUUUUUUUGUAAUCUCUUAAUGUUGAUGUCUGUUUUCUAUUGAAUAAAAAAAAGCUUUUGGCCUCUUGAUAAGACAACCAUGAUUAUGAUUCGCUCCAUUUGCUGCCCUGCUUCUAAAGACUUAAAAUCCUAGCCAAGGUGUUUUGUUUUCUUGCAGUAUCAUAUUGCUGCUGCACAAGGAUUCACAUCAAAAUGUUUGUGCUUUGAAUGUCGAGAUAACACAUUUAGACAUGCUGUGUUCUUAAGGCAUUCAGAUGUUGUGCAAGUUCAGGCAGUUGCAUUAGUAUUUUUUCUUCUUUUGAUUAUCUAGAGAAGUAAUCAACAUUUCUUUCUUUUCCUCUAAUACCACCAAACUUUUUGCCCUCUUGAGGGCACUUUUGUUUUCCCCAAGUUAUUUGUCAGCCUUCUGCUCUGGCUUCAGUUGCCCAUAACUAAAGAAGAAAGUUUAGACAUACUCUUGAAGCUAAAUAACCAAAGGGAUAUAAACAAUAUUUAUUAUUUGAUUAAGACUGCUUUCAGAAGAGUGAAAUUGCUUUUCCUUUUGCAUAUUUAGUCUGUUGUCAAAUAUAUAAACAGUUCUCUUGAGCUUACCUGUUUUCCUGGAGGAAAUUAAAGUUGAGGAUUUUUUUAUUCCGUAAAUGGUAUACUAAUGCUUAAUUACUGAUUAGUGUACAAUCUUUAUGUAAUACAUCAGUAUAUGUGUCUUACAAUGACAAGUAUAUUGUUUCGUCACCUUUUUGGUUCAAAUCCUUUUUCAGAAUUUUUGUUCAUUCUGUGCAUUGUGGGUCACAUGCUUGAAGCCUUCUUCGGACCAAAUAAAUUAUGAAACGUGCCCUUACAAAAAAAAAAAAAUGAAGCCUGUUCUUUGUUCACUGUUAACUGUAAAAAGCUGGCCUUCACUUCUGUGCCUCAAAGUUCUUUAUAAACACUUUAUUUCAACUGUCAAAGCAGUGGGGGCAGUGCCUUGUACAGCCUCAGUUGAAUGUAUGAUUGUAUUUGUACAUUCUGUAUAUUGAGAACUUUCAUACUGAAGAAAGAAAAGUGCUUUUGUUUUCUUUAUUACUUUUUACCACCAAGGUUUUACUGUACUUUAUGUGAACAGGCUUGACUGCACUGCAACAGGUUUAUUAAAUGUUGGUAUAUUUUAAAGUGCAGUUAGAUUGUUCUGGAAGCCAGUAAUUAAUACAAAUAUAUACUUAUAAGCUUGCUACACUUGCAUUCCUCAGCUGAGGGUGUCAGACGCUGAUUUGAUAGAACUACAGGAAUUCGUAUCUCUAUCAAACACUUUUAAUGUUUUUAGCAUAGCAAAAAAUUAGCAAGUCCAAUAAAAGGCUGUUGGGAGUUUAUAGUUGCAAGGUUUCAGAAUUUUUCUUUGUUUUAUUGCCUUAAGAUCUUAGAAGAGCAUCUAUACUUGUCUUCUGUGCAGUGGUGCUGAUGGCUGCACCUUCUGAAUGCACGUAGAUUAUGAGAGGGUGUACAGAAGUGUAGGGGGGAGGGGAGUGGUCAGCUGAUGAUGUCCAAGGGUGCCUUUAGAGACCACGUAAACUGUGAUUGCCCAAUGCACAGGACCAUUGGGAUGAUUGUGUGCUUGCAGGAGACAAACUACAAUAUAAGAAAAAAAAUUCUUUUAUUUAUAUGUAUUCGGAGAAAAGGGCAAAAGCAUGAGAUAAUAUACACAAUUACUUUUUAAGUUAUAACUUGAUACCACUUUUUUCACAUGUACAGCUUGAAAUUUUUCAUCAAGAAUAUCCAGAAAUUAUGUUUUGAGAAACAAACAUGUGCUAUUUACAUGUAGCGAAACCUGCUAACAGGAUGUUAGUAGCAAUCAUAUGCACAAUGCUCUUGAUGCUCAAAUCUUGCGCAUCAGUCAUUUCAUUCUCUUGUCAGCUAAUACAAUGCCAGUGUGAAAGACUGUUUAUUUAAAAAAAAAAAAGCUCUAUCAUAACUCUUUUAUGCUUCUUUGUCUUCGAGACAAGGUGAAAAAACUACUUCUAGCUUCUUGGUGGCAGAGAAGUGUGGAGAUUAGCAGCCUGAUGGAGCCUACAGGGGUGGGCCAGACCCCAUUUAUAGCUUUCUUUCCUGUUUCUGGCUCUAUUAGGCCACGUGUUGGCUGUCUGGAUAUUCACAUCAGUUUUUUCUUGAUUGUUUCAUGUAGUAAAAUGAUAAUAUUGAAAGUUAAUGAUAAAAAUGAGCAUCUAAGAUCUCUAGUUAAAUUUUGAUUGAAUAAACAUGUACAGAUUA